AUGCGCUUCGGCAAGACGCUGCAGACGUCUGUCUAUCCGCCAUGGAAGGACCACUACAUCGACUAUCGAGCUCUCAAGAAGCUGCUGCGCGAGCAUGAGGGAUCCGAGGACGGCGAAGACGGCGAGGCCAGGCCGUGGACGGACGAGGAUGAAGAAAACUUCGUCCAGGAGCUCGUCAAUGUCCAGCUCGACAAGGUCAACUCGUUCCAGGUCGAGACUCACAAGCGGCUGCGGGAGCGGACGAGCGAGUGCGAGGCCGCAUUGGAGCCGGUGGCCGCUCACCAGGGCGAGACGAAGCUGGAGGACGUGAAGAAGAACGAGGCGAUCGCACAGGAAACCCUCACCAAGCUCGAUCGCAUCACCGAGGAGCUGGGCGAGCUCGAGAAGUUCAGCCGUAUCAACUUCACCGGCUUCCUCAAGGCGGCUAAGAAGCAUGAUCGCAGACGCGGAGCCAAGUACAAGGUCCGUCCGCUGCUGCAGGUCCGCAUGGCUCAGCUCCCGUUCAAUUCAGAGGACUACUCGCCGCUGCUGUACCGGCUGUCGGCCAUGUUCUCAUUCGUGAGGUCCGUCCUCGGCACUGAUGGACAGCCGGCCCCCAAGGAUGGGCCUGCGGCUGAUACCCAGACCGGCCGCGAGGCAUACACCUCCCACAAGUUCUGGGUGCACGCCGACAAUCUGCUAGAGGUCAAGACGUACAUCCUACGCCGCCUGCCCGUGCUUGUCUAUAACCCGAAUACCUCAAAGGAGCUCGACGUCGCCCAGCGGGAUCCUGCGCUCACCUCCCUCUAUUUUGACAGCCGUUCGUUCGACCUGUAUAACCAAAAGGUUGCCAACCAGCCCGCCGCGGGAUCACUUCGUCUGCGUUGGUCAGGCCAUCUAAGUGAUCAGGUUGAGGUCUUCCUGGAGAAGAAGACGAUGAACGACGGUGACAGCAGCCGUGAGGUCCGAGUCCGCAUGAAGAAGAAGCACGUCAACGCUUUCCUCAAUGGAUCAUACAAAAUGGAGAAAAUCAUUCACAAGAUCGAAGUCCAGGGCAACGGCGAUCCUCAGCGUGCCGACCACCUUAAGCGGGACGUCGAGGAGAUCCAGGAGUUCAUCAAGAGUUACGGGUUGGAGCCCAUGGUUCGAGCAAAUUAUACCCGCACCGCGUUCCAGAUUCCCGGUGAUGACCGCCUCCGAAUCUCUCUUGAUACCGACCUGGCUCUUAUCCGUGAAGACACCCUUGAUUUCGAACGCCCUUGUCGUGAUCCCGAGGACUGGCAUCGUGCAGACAUCGACAACAGGAGAAUGGAAUUCCCGUUCUCGGAGAUUCCCCGCGGCGAAAUCUCGCGCUUCCCCCAUGCUCUGUUGGAGAUCAAGAUCCGCAGCUCCAAUGGUAAACGUCCUGGAAGCCAUACCCAUGCCUGGCUCUCCGACCUUAUGUCCUCUCACCUCGUAAAGGAAGCACCACGCUUCUCCAAGUUCGUGCAUGGUGUCGCUCAGCUGUUUGAGGAUAAUAUUAACAGCUUCCCCUUCUGGCUCAGCGACCUAGACACAGACAUCAGACGAGACCCGGAAACCGCCUUCCAGCAAGAACAGAAACGGAUUGCCAAGCAGGCUGAGGAUGAGCUCGCUGUAGGCAGCUUCUUGGGUAGCCGCCAGACUAUUCCUAGCAUCCAGCACCUUGUCGGCUCCCCCAUCAGCCGUAUGAUGACGGACGAGUCGACUCCCAAGACCCAAAUCCGUAUCCAGGGCGUCGACCAACCUACCUCUCCACGCACCGAGGGCCAGAGCCAGCUAACUCCUCGGCCUUCCGUUCCUGAGCUUAGCCUACCACCUUCCACAGAACCGGCCAGCGGAGUGCAGGCUCAACCAGUAUCCCGGCCAACCUCGUCACUCCUCCGCAUCCCUUUCUCCAUGUCUCGCUAUGCCCUCGCCCAUCGCUCCCCCCAGCCCCAGUUGCCACCCGGUGUCUCUAUGCCGAGCUACUGGCUCAAGGACACCGGUCCAGUCCGUGUUGAAGCCAAGUGGCAGCACAUAUGUAUCCUCCUCGCUGGCAUCUCACUGGGUAUGUACAAUGCCUCAGGGCCCAAUAUGAUCGUCACUCGCUACCUAGCCUUCGUGUACACUGGCUUCUCCGUCUUUGCAGGAGCCUGGGGCUGGUGGAUGUUUGAGUCUCGCGCACGACUGAUCCGAGAGCGCAGCGGAAAGGACUUUGAUAAUGUCAUCGGUCCUCUCGUCGUCUGCCUGGGUAUUGCAGUUGCUUUGGUGUUGAAUUUCUGGUUCAAGUAUGCCUCCAUAGUCUGGGUAGCAGGACCAUCUACCAACGGCCAAUCGCUAGCCAGCAACACUACCGAGGCGGCUGCCAUUCCACUGCCAUUUAUGACAGCAAGGCCCCAGUUCCAGGCCCAGCCAAACAUAUAA